AUGCCUGAAAACUUGGAACUGUGCUCGAAAGAUUCUCGAGAUCAAAAUAAACUUAUUCAUCAAUUAGAACAGCAAUUAUCGAUUAUUACACGUUUGUUAUAUACGACUAGUGUAUCCGGUGUUGAACUUGAUCGAAGCGUAUUGCCUUAUAUUGCUAAUGACAUUGUUUUUAAGGAUCCAUGGCAAGAAGGUGGCAAUAAACAUCUCUAUCGAGUUGGGAUGAAGGGUUUUCAUAAUAUGUUUCAUUUUACAUUUGAUACAUUUCAAUUAAACGUAAAAUUGAACGAUGAUCAAAAAACAGGUCGUUGUAUUGUUGAUGGUAUAAUGAAUGUAAAUCAAUUUUCUUGGAUUUAUUCAUAUCCUUUACGUUCAAUUUUGGUCUAUGAAUUUCGUUUAUUAAAUAGUCAAACUGUGGAUGUACCACAGUUUGAAAUAUUUCGACAUGAAGAAAUGUGGUCACUGGCAGAUAUGAUUGAUGCAAUACCAAUAGUUGGAUGGCUAUAUAAAAAUAUUUUCCGUCGCGGAUAUCAAUCAGCAUUGAAUAUAUUAAUAACAACGAUUAUUUCCAUGAUUGAAUUAAUAACAUGA